CACAGCUCAAGGUACUGAAGCUAAACAACCAGUUGAGCCAUUUUUGAGAGUUGAUCUUCUCUACUGCUGAACCAAUGAGUGGAAACAUGGGCGUGCUUUUUGAGCACAGAGGAGGAGCCAUUGCUGAGUCUCUAAACGCUAAGGUCUAUGGAAACAGCAGCGAGACAUUGGUUCUUGCUCAUGGGUUUGGUUCAGACCAGAAUGUUUGGCAUUUUCUAAUUCCUUAUCUUGCAUUAUACUUCAAGAUUGUGGUUUUUGACUCAGUUUUCUCUCCCAAUGUAAACCCUAAAUUCUAUGAUCCAAACAAGUACUCCAACUUCUCUGGAUAUGCAGCUGACUUGGUGAAUCUUCUUGAUGAGCUGAAUGUGAGCAAGGCUAUUUAUAUGGGACAUUCUAUGUCAGCCAUGAUUGGAUGCUUAGCUUCAAUUCAAAGGCCUGAACUCUUUCACCACCUUAUUCUUCUCAAUGGCUCUCCAAGGUACCUUAAUGCAAAAGGGUAUGAUGGAGGCUUUGAGAUAUCAGGAGUAAAAGCAACAUUAACAAACAUAAAGAAAAAUUUCUCAAGUUGGGUUAAUGAUUUUGCUCCAACAGCAGUUGGUCUGAACAACAAACAAGCAAUAUCAGAAUUUGAAGACAGCUUGAAUAGAAUGAAACCAAACAUAGCAUACAAUGUUGCUAAAACAGUUUUUCUAAGUGAUUUGAGAAGGAUUCUUCCAAAAGUUGUAGUGCCUUGCACAAUAAUUCAGUCAAAAAAAGACUAUAUAGUUCCAGAAUUUGUUGCCCACUACAUGAAGAAAAAGCUUGGAGGCCAUGCCAGAGUUGAGAUUCUCAAAACACAAGGCCAUUUUCCUCAUCUCACAGCUUACUCUUUGAUUCUGAAAGCUAUGAAGAGAGUUCAUACCAUCAAGUAGACAAGUUUCAUGAUUGAUUCUUGUUUGUGUUGUGGAAAUCAGUUGAUGGGUUUUCUUUGUCUUUUGGUUGUGGUUUGUUGGUUAAGUGUUGGUUUGCUGGUAAAAUGGAGUGUCCUUUUCUAUGCUACUUUGUAGAUCUCAUCUUCUUCUACUACUUCUUUAUUUUCUUUUUCUUACUAGAAAUCUUUUUAUUUGCAAUAUAUAUAUAAUUUUUCUAAAAGAAUUUUAAUAUGUUAAUUGUUACAUUUUGUAAAA